AUGGUUGGCCUUACUAACGCCGCCGGCCUGGUUGGCUUUCUCUCGGAGCCCGACCCCGAGCUCAAAGUGUUCGCCUUGAAAACUCUAGAUGCCGAAGUCGAUGUGCUCUGGCCGGAUAUCGUGGAUGCUAUUCCUCAAAUAGAGGCACUGUAUGAAGAUGAAACGUUUCCUGAGCGCGAGCUCGCUGCCUUGGUCGCCUCGAAAGUGUACUACCAUCUUCAGGAAUAUAACGAGAGUAUGGUGUUUGCUCUGGGAGCUGGGAAGCUCUUGAACUUGGAUAACGGCGGCGAGUUUGAAGAGACCAUUAUUGCAAAAUGCGUGGAUACCUUUAUCGCCCUCUCAGCGAGCCAUAAGCCCAGUGUUGGCGAAACUCCAGUGAAUCUUAACGCCGCAUUUCCCACUACAUCGAACGGCGCCACGAGUACGUCUGCGAGCCUUACAUCUCCGAUAACCCCCUUUUCACAGUCCACCCUGCCUUCAAAAUCGUUGCUCUCUCGACAGGAGGAUUCCAAUGUUGAUACCUCUUAUCCCGGCGGCGAGAAUGCAAACGUGAAGCAGGUGGAGGUCCCUCUGGUCGUCAAGAGAGGGGUUCAGGGUCAGCUUCAAGCUGUCAUUGAACGACUGUUCGAACAAUGCUUCCGUCAGAAACGCUAUCGCCAAGUUGUCGGCAUAGCAAUCGAGGCAAAGAACUUAGAUGUUCUCCGAAGAGCGAUCCUGCGUUGCAGAGAGGACGAGAAACAGCAAGGGGAGUCUUCAAGACGGUGUGAAGAAUUGAUGGAGUAUGUGCUGGAUAUCUGUAUGGGUGUCCUUCAGGAACGGGGUUUCCGCAAUGAGAUUCUGAAGCUCAUUCUAGAGCUUUUGAACGAGAUUCCUUCACCGGAUUACUUUUCAAUCGCCAAGUGCGUUGUUUAUCUGAAUGAGCACUCUAUGGCAACAGAUAUUUUACGUCAGCUCGUCCAGAAGGGUGAUGCGAGAUCGCUCGCUGUGGCUUAUCAAAUUUCCUUUGAUCUUUAUGACAAUAGCACGCAGGAGUUCCUGAAAAAGGUCAGCCAGGAGAUUGCAGAGCUCGUACAAGAGGGUGACGCCGCAAACAACGCGGAAAGAAACGAAAACGACGCAAAAGAAUCAGAUCCUCUGUUACAGAAUCAGUCGUCCCCUAGAUCCUUGGGUGCCAAUGGAGAGAAGCUUUCAGAGGAGGCCCGUAAUGCAUUCAAAGCGAUCCGCGACAUUCUUGACGGUGUCAAAACCAUUCAACUAAACCUUGAGUUCCUGUACCGCAAUAACAAAGCCGACAUCGCGAUCCUCAACAAGGUCCGAGACAGCCUGGAAGCUAGGAACUCUAUUUUCCACACCGCUGUCACGCUUUCCAAUGCGUUCAUGCAUGCCGGAACCACCCAUGACAAAUUCUUCCGGGAUAACCUAGAAUGGCUUGGAAAGGCUGUGAACUGGUCAAAGUUCACAGCAACUGCAGCUCUCGGUGUGAUUCAUCGUGGCAAUUUAACGCAAGGGCAGAGACUACUCACUCCCUAUUUGCCAAAGGAGCAUAUCUCCGGCGUCGGAAGCACUGGUUCUGUUUACAGUCAAGGAGGAUCCCUCUACGCGUUCGGAUUGAUCUAUGCAAACCACGGUGGCUCGGCUGUCGAGUUUAUUCGGGAUCAUUUCAAGAAAGCUACGGAAGAAGUCGUUCAGCAUGGUGGUGCUCUGGGCCUGGGUGUUGCAGGCAUGGCGACUGGUGAUGAAGGCAUUUGGGAAGACCUUAAGAGUGUUCUCUACACCGACUCUGCCCUCAACGGCGAGGCAGUUGGUCUUGCGAUGGGUCUCGUCAUGUUGGGAACCGGAAACAUGAAUGCUUUGCAGGAGAUGGUGCAAUAUGCUCACGAGACCCAGCACGAGAAAAUCGUGCGGGGUCUGGCCAUGGGCAUGGCACUCAUCAUGUACGGUCGUCAGGAAGCUGCUGAUGAACUGAUCAACGGGUUGCUUGGUGAUCCGGAUCCAACACUCCGCUAUGGUGGUAUCAUGGCCAUCGCGCUGGCAUAUUGCGGUACUGGAAGCAACAAAGCCGUCCGGAAGCUCCUCCACGUCGCCGUUAGCGAUGUUAACGACGACGUCCGGAGAGUGGCCGUGUUGAGCUUGGGCUUCAUCCUCUUCAGAAAGUAUCAGAGCGUGCCGCGUAUGGUUGAGUUGCUCUCCGAAUCAUACAACCCGCAUGUGCGGUAUGGUGCUGCAAUGGCCCUCGGUAUCUCCUGUGCUGGCACCGGCUUGGAUGAGGCUGUCGAUCUUUUGGAACCUAUGCUGAAAGAUCCAACCGACUUCGUGAGACAAGGAGCCCUGAUCGCCUUGGCCAUGGUCCUGAUCCAACAAAAUGAGACGAUGAACCCCAAGGUUGGCACGAUUCGCAAGACCAUGAUGAAGAUGAUUGGAGACCGACACGAAGAUGCCAUGGCCAAGUUCGGAUGUGCUCUUGCCCUCGGUAUCAUCGACGCUGGUGGGCGAAACUGCACCAUUAGCCUGCAGACUCAGACUGGAAAUCUCAACAUGCCAGGAAUUGUCGGGGCGGCUGUCUUUACGCAAUACUGGUAUUGGUUCCCUCUGGCACACUUCCUUUCUCUCAGCUUCACGCCAACGGCUGUUAUCGGCGUUGACCAGAAGCUGGAGGUGCCAGUCUUUAAGUUCCACAGCAACACCCGACCUAGCCUGUUUGAUUACCCGCCUGAACAACAGGUCAAGGCCGACGAGGCUCCAGAGAAGGUCAAAACGGCUGUUUUGUCCACGACGGUGCAGGCGAAGCGGCGUGCACAGCGUCGCGAAAAGCAACAACGGCGGGAGAGCAUGGAUAUUGACCAGACGCCUACUACCCCGAAGGUCUCCGGUCAGUUGCCCGAGAAGAUGGAAACAGAUGAGGGCACCGCGAAGGGUGAAGAAGAGGCCAAGGAGGACAAGGAAGCGGCGGACGCCCAGAAGAAGAAGGUGGAGAAGGAGAAGGUCGGGUAUGAACUCGAGAACAUGUCGCGAGUGCUUCCGGCUCAGUUGAAAUUCCUGACUUUCCCCGACCCGAGAUAUGAACCCGUCAAGAGGCCCACGGGAGGAGUCGUCGUCGUGUUGGAUAAAAAGCCUGAAGAACCGCGGGAAACUAUUGAGCUACGGGCCAGUACGGAGGGCCGACAAGCAGCAGCACCGGAGACGCUCCAGGACCGCCUCCAGGCGGCCGCGGCUGGCGUCCCUACGUUCCAGACCCCCCAGCGAGGCGCGGAGCGGACUGGAGCGGGCGCUCCCACCGGAGCUGCUCUGGCAGCAGGCGUGUUGACGGCAGUGGAUGAAGACGAAGAGGCGGGGAAGAUGCCCGGUCCCCCACGAGUUUGA